GGCCCGAGCCUCUAGUCUCGGCGUCGUCGUUCGUCGUCGUCAUCCGAGCUCCCCCCGCGGCUGGUGGGCCCCUGGUGCUGCCCGGCCGGACCAUGGGAUGCCGGCAAAGCUCAGAGGAGAAAGAGGCGGCCCGGCGGUCGCGGCGCAUCGACCGCCACCUGCGCUCGGAGAGCCAGCGGCAGCGGCGCGAGAUCAAGCUGCUCCUGCUGGGCACCAGCAACUCGGGCAAAAGCACCGUGGUGAAGCAGAUGAAGAUCCUGCACAGCGGCGGCUUCAACCUGGAGGCCUGCCGCGAGUACAAGCCGCUCAUCGUCUACAACGCCAUCGACUCGCUCACGCGCAUCGUGCGCGCCCUGGCCGCGCUCAAGAUCGACUUCCACAACCCCGACCGCGCCUACGACGCCGUGCAGCUGUUCGCGCUCACGGGCCCGGCCGAGAGCAAGGGCGAGAUCACGCCCGAGCUGCUGGGCGUCAUGCGGCGGCUGUGGGCCGACCCCGGCGCGCAAGCCUGCUUCGGCCGCUCCAGCGAGUACCACCUGGAGGACAACGCAGCCUACUACCUGAACGACCUGGAGCGCAUCGCCGCCCCCGACUACGUGCCCACCGUGGAGGACAUCCUGCGCUCCCGGGACAUGACCACGGGCAUCGUGGAGAACAAGUUCACUUUCAAGGAGCUCACCUUCAAGAUGGUGGACGUGGGCGGCCAGCGGUCGGAGCGCAAAAAGUGGAUCCACUGCUUCGAGGGCGUCACCGCCAUCAUCUUCUGCGUGGAGCUCAGCGGCUACGACCUGAAGCUCUACGAGGACAACCAGACGAGCCGGAUGGCCGAGAGCCUGCGCCUCUUCGACUCCAUCUGUAACAACAACUGGUUCGUGAGCACGUCGCUCAUCCUCUUCCUCAACAAGAAGGACCUGCUGGCUCAGAAGAUCCGCCGCAUCCCCCUCACCGUGUGCUUCCCUGAGUACAGCGGCCAGAACACCUACGAGGAGGCCGCCGUCUACAUCCAGCGGCAGUUUGAGGACCUGAACCGCAACAAGGAGACCAAGGAGAUCUACUCACACUUCACCUGCGCGACCGACACCAGUAACAUCCAGUUCGUGUUCGACGCCGUGACCGACGUCAUCAUCCAGAACAACCUCAAGUACAUCGGCCUCUGCUGAGGGGGCCAGUGGGGCUGCGGUGAGACGGGGGGCCCCAGCCCGGGGGGCAGAAGACGGGGUUGGGGGCCGGAGCGUGUCCCCAGCCCACCCCGUCGGCCCCCUCGUCUCUGCAAACACGACUGUAUACGGAUAGGUUGCUAGGUAGGUAGACACUUCUGCGUGUGCACACACACACACACACAUUCUCUCUCUGCAGACAGGCAGGCUCCCCGCCUGGCUGAGGCCCCGUGAAGGCUUGAGGAGCUGUCACCAAGUCCGCCCCCCAACCCCCAGACCCUCCCGCCACGUCACUCUGCCUUCCCGACGCGGCCCUGCUCCGCUUGGGGGGCCACGGGGCUGGGUGGCCAGCUCCCCGGGAGGAGACCUGGAGCCAGGGCCGUGCCGGGCACCCACGGGCACCAGGCCAGCCACAGCACUGACCAGCCCCCCGGCCACUCGCCGCCCUUUUUAACGCGCCUGGGGAAACACACGGCAGAGCCGCACCGUGACCCGCGUGCUCGGCUUGUCUGGACCUGGCCCCGCUGGGCUCCAGCUGUUCUCCCACGAGUCGGACGUUUUAUAAAACCAAACCCUGGUUUUUCUCCUCUGAUAUCCUUUUUUUUUUUUUUUUUUGGGCCAAAUCUCGUGGUGUUUCGCAGAGAUACAGAAAAUUUCCAAUGCGGUUGAGUCUUCUUUUUUAAACGCAGAUUUUCAAAACCUAUUUUUUCUUGCCCCCACCUCCCGGGUGGCCCUUCUCGUGUCUUGGCUUGCUGAGUGUCAGAGUUGUCACCGGAUGCGUCUGUCCGUCUGCCCGGCGGUAGCCUGGGGGCCGCGUUGUACAUAGGCCCGUGCAGCGUCCCCUUGUCCCUGGUGCGGCCUCCGCUUCAUUUUUCUUUCAGAAAAUAAAUGUGCCGUGUUCACAGAAGGCCCUUCACCGCGGGAGCGGAUGAACAGUAGCUUGGCGUCUCGGUGUUUAAAACAGUACACGACCUGUGGCUUCUCCGCACGUGAAGGGACGGGAGGCCAGAGGGGCAGCCGCGCCUCCUGUGAAGGCUCGGCCGCCUGAGGGGGUCCCUUCCUGCCCGCAGAGCCCUCGCCGGGCAGACCGCCUCUGGGCCGUCAUCCGGGACCCUGAGUCAGAGGUCAGUGCCCAGAGUCACAGCUGAGGACUCCCGAGGGACGUCGUUGAGAGGGGAGUGAGGAGCCGGGGGAUGGCGUGAAAGUCCGAGAUCGUCUCCUUUACGAAAAUAAAACACCCUGAAUGAGC